GAAGUUGACGAAGUUCUUGAAAUAUUCUGUAGAAAAAAUGGUGAUGAUGGGAGAAAUGUUGAAUUUAGGCUCCACAAUGGGUACUUUGAUGCUUAUUUAUACCCUUUUUAAACAGUUUUUUCCUCGUCAUCUUCAGCUCUAUUUCGAAAAAUAUUUCAGAAAAAGUGUUAGUUUUAUAUAUCCUUAUGUAGAAAUCACCUUCGAUGAGUUCACCGGCGAGUUUUUGCAGAAGAGUGAAGCCUAUUUGGCGAUCAAAUCGUAUCUCGGCGACAAGUCGGCGGCGUCGGCGAAGCGUCUCAAGGCCAACGUCGUGAAAGAUACUCAAAACGUAGUACUUUCUAUGGAUUAUAAUGAAGAAGUCACUGAUGAAUUUCAAGGUGUUACAGUUUGGUGGUCUGUAAACAGAACUCUUCCAAGCACUAAACGGAUUUCAUGGUUUCCCGAUGAUGAUGAGAAGAGAUCUUACACGCUUACGGUCCAUAAACGUCAUAGGGAAAUAAUUACACAAUCUUAUAUUAGCCAUGUGUUGAAGGAAGGAAAGGAAACGGCGACGAGAAACCGACGACGGAAGCUCUAUUCGAACAAUCCCAGCAAGGACUGGCAUGGAUAUCGGAGGAGCAAGUGGAGCAAUGUACCAUUCGAACAUCCUGCGACGUUCGAUACAUUGGCGAUGGACUCGAACUUGAAAGAAGAAAUCAAGAACGAUUUGAUCAAGUUUAGUACCGCCAAGGACUAUUAUGUUCGAAUCGGGAAGGCUUGGAAACGUGGAUACCUUCUUUAUGGUCCUCCCGGAACCGGGAAAUCUUCGAUGAUCGCGGCGAUGGCGAACCUACUGGACUACGAUGUUUACGAUCUCGAACUCACCGCGGUGAAGGAGAACGCGGAAUUGAGAAGGCUUUUGAUCGAUACGUCGAACAAGUCGAUCGUGGUGAUCGAGGAUAUCGAUUGCUCCCUCGAUCUCACAGGCCAAAGGGAGAAAAAGAAGGCGGAGAAUGAAGGAAAAGAUGAUGACCUGUCGGAUCCAAUCACGAAAAAGACCAAAGAAGAUGAGAAAAAGGAAAGCAAGGUUACAUUAUCGGGGCUUUUGAAUUGUAUCGACGGACUUUGGUCGUCUUGUGGAGGUGAAAGAAUCAUUGUUUUUACAACGAACUAUGUGGAGAAACUCGAUCCGGCAUUGAUAAGGAGAGGAAGAAUGGAUAAAUACAUUGAACUGUCUUAUUGCUGCUUCGAUGCAUUCAAGGUGUUCGCCAAGAACUAUUUGGAGAUUGAUUCUCAUUCAUUGUUUGGAGAAAUCGAAACAUUGUUGGGGGACACCGAUAUGACUCCAGCUGAUGUUGCAGAGAAUUUGAUGCCGAAAUCGAACUAUGACGAAGUGGAAACUUGUUUGAAGAGAUUGAUCGAAGCUAUUAAAGAUGCGAAGAAGAAGAAGGCAGAGGAUGAAGCUCGUUUAAUGGCGGAGAAAGAAGAAAAAAAGAAGCAAAAAUCUGGGGAAGAAGACAAAGAAGAAAGCGUUAAAGAAGUAAAAGAGAAUGGGAUGGCGCUGGCUGCCAAUGAAGUGAAAGAAAAUGGUGUCACCGUCAGCCACUAAUAUAUGAAUUCAUCACGGGCGUAGAAAUGUAGGUAAAAAGUUAUAAUAAAAAUUUAGGUGUGAAAUUAAAAAAUAAUAAUAAAAAUUUAGGUAGUGUAAAAUUAGAUAAUUAAUAAAAUAUAUUAAAAAAAUUUAAAGUUUCUAAGAGGUGUGCACCCACCAACACCCCUUGAUCCAUCUCUAGUCAUCAUUGUUCAUAUUGUUAUUUGUAUUGGUUUGUGUUUAGCUGGUGGAGGUACAUUUGUU